CAAACUGGAGAGGAGAGGAUACGAGCAGCAGCAGGCACUUUGAUGGCUCUGCGCUCCCUCGGGGAAAUUUUAUAGUAUUUAUAUAAAUUUUUAUAAAAUUAUUUACUAUCACGUUUCCUAAAAACUUUUAAUAUUUUGAUACUCCGGUUUUAAGGUUUUCUAACAACGAAACCUAGCACGGACUGGCUGUAGCUAGUUAGCUCAGAGCUGUUUUUUUUCUCCUGUCGACAAAGGCUGUUGAAGAGCCAGCGUAGAUUCUGAACGGCGUUACAAUUUGACGUUUCCUAAGUGUAAUUUAAUGUAGUCAUUCAUCGAUGCACUGUCCUCCCCGUGUUUAAAAGCGACGAUUCGUUGCUGCCAUUUGCAACGGUAACGUCAAACGCUGAAUAAAGCGUAGGUAGCGUUGACGGAAGCCAAAGCUCAAAGAGAAUGACGGCUGUCCAGCUGAUAAACAUCCAAAUGUUAUUGGAAGCUGCGGAAUAUCUAGAGAGGAGAGAAAGAGAGUGUGAACACGGUUAUGCCUCGACAUUUCCAUCAAAUCAGAACACAAACUUCCAGAGGCAACGAAAAUUCCGAAAUAAGAAGUUCAGCAGUAACCAUAAUAGGUCAACACAUAAUGAGCUGGAGAAGAAUAGACGAGCUCACCUGCGGCUGUGUCUAGAGCGGUUGAAGGCCCUCAUACCUCUUGGACCCGACUGCAACCGCCACACCACACUGGGCCUGCUCAACAAAGCCAAAGCACAUAUAAAGAAACUUGAAGAGGCGGACAGGAAGAGCCAGUACCAGCUGGAGUCUCUGGAGCGUGAACAAAGGCACCUCCAGCGCCAACUGGAGCUACUGAGAGGAGGCAGCGGUACCGGAGCCCAAAGCAGCCCCGGAGAGGGCGAGAGGAUACGCAUGGACAGCGUGGGCUCCACCCUCUGCUCUGACCGCUCUGAUUCUGACCAAGAGGAGAUUGAGGUGGAUGUGGAAAGCACGGAGUUCUCCCAUGGAGAGCUGGACAGUGUGAGCACAGCCAGCACCAGCGACCUGGACGACCACAGCAGCCUGCAGAGCAUGGCCAGCGACGAGGGCUACUCCUCCUGCAGUGUCAAACUUGCCUUCUCGUCCUAGAGCCCCACACCACCUCCCUGCCAAACCCACCUGCCCUCCCAUCUGUUUUUCCAUCCAGCCUUGCCUGCAUCCAUACACUCAGUCGCCUCAGGGGACGGCCAUGCCUCCAGCUAACAGUGCACUGGUCGCUCCUGCCUCUCAGCAGCGCCCCCUCUCACUCCUAGCUUUUAGUUGGAACAUCCCCCUCUUGUGCUGCUGACCCCACCUUUGGAGAAGCUCCUCUCAGAGCUCCCACUCAGCUUUUAGUAGAAGUUUGAGCUGCCCUGACCAACGCUGACACCAGUGACCAAACACAGAGCCAGCUCUAAUGAUGUCGAUGUGAGACUGCCACUUAAUCUUCUUUUAAAGGGAGAUAUGACAAGUGUUGAUUUUUAAACCCACGCUACUGAAAUGAAUGAUUUUUCUUUUAUUUCCUUGAAAAUUUGAUUUGAUCCAAAAUGCACUUAAAUUCAUAUAAUUGUAAAAUAAUCUGAAAUUUCUGUUCAGGUCUUUCUUCUGUUUGUGUGAGUCUGGAAGUGGUCCUGUGCAUCCCCUCUUAACGUGCUAGUUUUGGGUCUGGGUAGACAGGAGCACAUAUAAUCUGGACUGGAACGAACACUGUGGGUGAAUUUACCAUAUCAACACAGCGUGGCCCGAAUAAACAUCCCCUCUGCCCUGAAUGAAAUCCUUAUCUAAUUGUUUUAUUUAGUUGUUUUUGUUUUUUUUUUUUCAUUACCCGUGCUUGACACCGCAGAAGCUUGGACACUCAAAUUGGUGCUAUUGUGAAACAAACCAAUGGGGAAGCAGAUCUAAUCCACCACCAAGCUUUCAGAGCAAACAAAGCGUGUCUGCUGUGAUUGUUUCCAACCUGGUACGGAGGAAAACGACCACAAAAAUGGAGGAAAAAGGAAGCAUUCCUGUCGAAUGUGGGUGCUCAGUGCAUUUUCAAUGAGUGGAAAUAGUAAUGUGUGUGUGUUUUGUUUUGGUUUCUUUCCCCUCUACAAGCAGCUACAAAAAGCUAUCCUGCACUUGCCUACUUUAGAGCUGUCUAUAGAAACGGCACAAACCGAGAAAUUACAAAAAAAAAAACAAAAAAAAACUUACAAAAAAAAAACAACAGCAAUGCUGAAAAUGUCCAAACUUUGGGAUAGAUGUCCAUCCUCUUUCCAGCAGUAACAAGCAAUAUCUCAUCAUCGUCUUUUUUUGUCAUGUCAGUUGGAACUCCUUCUGUAAGUUUUUUGUCUUCUCCCUAAAGACACAUUUGUGACCGUCCAAAAAAAGGCAAAUUCAAGUUUGCUUGUUUUUGUACAUACAAAUAGCAUAAUAAAUAAAUUAAAAGAAAAGGAGGUUUAAAAAAGGUAGAGCUCAUGGAUAGAUCUAUUGCCUCUGUUGCUGUUUGACCUGUGUUUAUUGUGCAUUUUAAAUUACAUUUUUGGAAAGAUUUUAUCUUCUUCAGAGUGGCAUGGACACUAUCACUUUAUUCAGUUUCCUAAUUGAAACAUUGAAAAGUUAUGAAUGGUGUUGCUGCCCUGAAAAGGAAAGAAAAGUUACUUAAAGACAACAAAACCAACAGUAACUUUCCAUCCAUUUACAAGAAAGUGACCCAGUAGGACUUCUGUUGGAGGAUGCUGAGAUUGUGUGGCACUCUUAUUUAUAAGACAUUUAUUUUUUCUUGUUUAUAAUGUUCAUGAAUGGGGAGGAAAAGCUAUAUGUGGCAUUCCAGUAGUGGUCAGAUGAUCUGUGGGUGGAACGUUUGAAGUGUGGGGAGAAGAAACGGGUUGUACAAUGUUGAACGGCUGUGCCGACGAUACUCACCACCCCAGUUCCACUGGCAUUAAGAAUUGCACUUCAACCACAGUUUUCUCUAUUUUUUUUUUCCCGCUGUCAUUUUCAGCUCUCAUGAAUCCUUUUGUGUAUGAAAGGAAAACAAACACCAUUCUUUUAAAUAUUUAUUUGUCGAUCCCUCAAAAUACACAGGCAAUGGGGAAAAGAGUUAACUUAUUUUGGUUCUGUCUUAUUUUACUCCUUUUUGAUGCGUAUUCCUCAUUCCUUAUUUUAAGAAAUGUAUAUUUUAUGGGUUAUUGUUAUUUUUCUGUGGGGAGGGUGGGAAGUGGAUAUGAAAAUGUAGCCAUUUUGUUUUCAUUUUUUCUGAUGUUUUAUUCAAUGGACACUUGAAAUGUAAUUGGCCCCUAAGCUGCUCCUAGUGCUGAGCCUCGCCUGUUUAGAGUCACCAGCCUUGUCCAGAGCUGACCCCCCACUCCCACGAUGCCCAGAUGAUGAUGAUGAUGAUACAGAUGUGAAAGAAGUGAUUCGACUGAGAUGCUAAUUGACACAAGGCAAGGUGCUCUCUCUUCAGUCGUUUCAAACAUUUCAGCCUCAGACCCUGAGCUGAGGUGAGCUGAGGUCAGGAGUGGGGGGUUACGUCCACACAGGGCUAAUCAAUAGCCAAGACUUUACUGGCAAAUAUUGAGCCAGCUACUACACAAUAACAGGGGUCUAAAAACUCCACUUUCCUCUAUUAGGAGGAUUGUAGUCUCUACUAGACUUGUUUCAGUUGACAAAAUGUGUCUUACCUUAUGUAAAGGCCUCUGACUGAGGAUUUAAAGAAACAACAAAAGAACAAAUUCUCUCUGAAGGACAUCUUUUAGGUGUAGAGUUUGAAAUUAAAGCUCUUUUCAGAGCUCUGUUGAGGUUACAAGACAUGGCAGUGAAUCAGAAAGUCACCGCUUUGGUGCUCAAUUAUAAAACCUGAAAUGCCAAAACAACCUCAGAACACCUCAGUGUCCUCUCAUUGUCUUUCUGUUUUUCUCUCUCUCUUUCUCUUUGAGGGACAGUUUACAUUUAUUCUGCCCCCUUUAUUAAGUUAUUAACCCUCAUCUUCUUGUUUUUAUUUUUCUUCUUUAUCUGGGUAACCUGCUCUGCUGACAGGAUAAAAGGUCCCACUAUGACAACAAAUGAAUUCCACUUGUAACCAUGUCCAGACCUGAGUCAGACCCUCAUGGUGUUGUUAACCUGCUCACAGUACAAAUGUGUUCUACAGCACUGGGACAUUUCAAAGGCUAUGAGCCAUCAGUUGGUCCAAAAAUGACUGUCUUCAUUCUGCAAAAUGUCUCUGCCACUGUAAUAUCUCCUGUGGAAAAUGACACUGGUUUCAUUUUCCACAGCAGGAUAAAACAAAUGAUAAGGAGUGCUUGUACCAUUACCAAGUCUCUGACAUGUGAGUGUACGAUGUGCGUGUCAGUAUGUGUGUACUCCAUGUUCUUACUAAGGCUGUGCUGUAGAGAAGCAUGACUAGUCUGCACAGAUCCCUGUCGGGCUGUUAACUACCCAUUUACUCAGCAAAUAUCUGACUACCGAGGAGAAUUUGUUGGUGAAACACAUUUGUAUCCAACUGUGAAAAAAAGCUCCUACCAGUACAUUUUUUCCAUUUUGCACAUUUGGUAACUGGUGUGUUAAAUGUGCCAUCUGAUCGCAGGUCAGCUGAGAGGUCUGAUGAAGGGUUUCUGGCUAUGCUGCAAAUUUGACAAACAUUAGCAUAUCUCCAUAAGCCGGUUAUCACAAAGCUAUAUUUUUACCUCUGUUUAUGGGUAGGUUUAGACAUGAGUGCUUGAUUAAGGUUAAAGUUUAGGGUUAACUCUCCAGGAGCAAACCAACCAGUGUGUCUGCAUUGUGUUUGGUAAACCACACUGGCUUCUGGAGAACCAGACCUGGGCAAACGAAACGGGUCAAGCUAGACUAAGCAAAUACACAGUCCUAUGGUAUAGGGAGUCCUCCUGUUGUUUUAAACCUGUGGCCAUCCUUUGUAAAACAUGCACUCUGAUGAUGAUUCUAGCUGUGUAAGUUGAAGAUGCAAUACUUACAAUAAAAACACCAAGAUUUUCAAAACCUGAA